ACGACAUUUUCGGAGGCCGAGCGGCUGGUCCGAGAGCGAGAGGCAGUCGCCGCCGUUCCUCUGCGCAAAAGCGAGGAUUCCGCUUCUUAUCGCUGUCGCGACGGGAAAGUGUCCGCGCCGCGCGGCUCUUCCCGGAGAUAUUCGGCCGAGAGCGACCGUCGUGCGCGCCGGAAACGCGUCGCUCGGUGAGGAUCCGCGUAGCCUCGGGGGCGGACCUACGCAGUCCCUGGACCGGACUCGUCGCCUCCGCGCCGCGUACAUGUACGUACAUCCUACGGAGUCGUAGUUUCGGACGGGUGUUCGAUUGUGACACCCGCGUCGCGAACGCUCGAGCCUCUCUUUUUUUUUUCGUCGAACCGCCCCGUUUCCCUCGCGCGAGGGAAUCUCCGAUCCCCUAAGUCGUCGUAAAAGAAAGCCCCUAAUCGUCCCAGGUGAUGUUACGCGAUCGAUAAUCCAGCGCCCGAUCUCGGAACGACGGGCACGCGAGCGAACGCGGCGCCUCGUGUCAAGUUUGACAGUCGGGCAUCGAUGCCUCGGGAGACAUCGUCGUCCUGUCGCGUCGCGCUCGCGACGCAUCCGUUUGUCAGGCUCUUCCCCGAGGUGAAGGAAAUGGACCGCCGAGGGAAAUAGGCCGUACGCGCGUAUCCCGUGUGCGAGCUCGCGCACGCGCGCCCGUGCGUGUGUGUAGUGCGUGUCGAUCGUGGACGGACUUAUUCGCGGCGGCUAGGAAUGAAGGUGAAUGAAAUUUUCGAAGGAUACUCGCGCUGUAAUUUCUCCCUAGCACCCUCGACCGCGGAAAACAUCUCGAUCGGUGAGACAGUAUGGAUAGUAACAACUGUAAAAAAAGUAAUGCCGAUGAAACCGAUCGAGAAAAGGUGCCGAGGGGGGGAUCAGCACUAGAGGGACAUAAAAGGGGACCGUGCGACGAGUCCAGUGACGGUUACCCGGGAAUUUACAGGCCCCACAGGCGCGCCAGGAGGACGCAGGUCGUCAACGCUAGACGCAACCAGAGCGGGCGAGGAGACCCGGAGCCGAGCCCGUGGGAAGAGGAGAGCGACGACGGGCGGCGCGGCGGCUCAACAGGGGGAGUUAUGUGUCACGGACGCGUGCAUUCGGUUGCGCAGCGGCGGCGGCGGCCAUUUUGAAUCGAUUGCGAGUGCUCGCCACGGCAUUGGCAGCGCGGCGGCGAUUAUCAACAUCGUCGCGUUGUAACGCCAAAAACGGACGGUUUUUCGUGUCGUCGUGUCCCGCGACCCCCGCGAUCCCCGCCACCGUUCGCGACGCGAUCCUCGCCCGCGCUCGCUUCGCGUCCCAUGCGCUUGGAGAUGAUCGGCGGGGCCUUCCGUCCUCGAGAGGAAACGCCGACGAGGGCGACGAGCGCGACGCCGAUCGCGGAAGAUCCGCGCCUCUUUUGAGAGCCGGACGAUCGUUGACGACGUUCGCGCGAGAGGAGAGGAGGGAGAGGAGGAGAAAACGCAUCGUUCCGGUCGAUCGUUCGAAUUUGACAUGUGACCGCCAGCAGUCGCGUUUACCGCUCGUAAAGCGUUCACGACAUUCUCGUCGGUGACGAGACGAGGAUACCGAGCGUUGCGCCCGACUCUGGCGAACGCGACGAGAGUCGCGAUCGAUGACUGGCUGACAGACAGCUGUGUGCAGCCGAGCGGUUGACAGCCCAGUCGAGGCUAACCUCAAAGCUGCGCGAUCGAAUCGCGCCGAGAUCGUUAUUCGCCGACGAGAUAUAAAUCGAGCCUCGGAGACGGCGGCUGGAAAAAAGAAUAACAUCCCAUGAACGUCGGUGCAACCGACUUGGAUUCUUCGUCUAACCAGUAUAUCGUCGCGCUCGACUGAAAGUGUGAGGUGCAACGUCUUCGAUGCGGCACGGAACGUCGACAAUCUCGAUCCUUUCGAGGCUGGACAGCCUUUGAGAGAUAGAUAGAAAGAAGGAACGAGAGAGAGAGAGAGAGAGAGAGAGAGAAAGAAAAAGAGAGAUGACGAGGAAGGAGCCAUGAGCACGGCGGAUACCGCGCUGUCAAUUUCGAUCAACAUGGCCCCAGGGCCGGAACAUCGCCAGGAACCGGUAGCUCCUGACAAAAUAGUCGAGGGCGAUCGUGCCGCAGCCGCUGCCGCCGAUGUCGACGCGGAGAACGUCGAUACGACAACCGGUAGCAGCAAUAACAGCAGCAACAGCAACGACUCCGUCGUCGUCGUCGCCGAGCAAAGUUCGAACAUCGAGAUCGCUCCAACUACUAAUUUUGCCGCUGGCGCCGACUCGGCCAACCAAAGCUCACCGUCGAAUAGCGGCGUCGACAGCAAACAGGAAGAGCCAGCAACUCUAUCUGAAUUAAACGAUAGCGAAUUACGUGCUUUGCUAGAUGAAGCUAUAACGUACAAGUGCCCAAAAGAUCGAGAAGGAAAAUCUCAUCUUUUUAAGGAGCUUUUACAAGAAGCAGAAGCGGAUGAAACUGAAGAAGGGCAUAGAGUGAUAUGUAAUUCGCGUUGUCUUCCUGGUUCAAAUCGAAGAAGACAUAAACGGGAUUCUGUAUCCGAGCGCUUGACGCAUGGCGGAUCAUUGCAAAAUUUAGCACAUCCCAUUGCCUCAGAAUUCGAUAGUAGUUUUGCUUAUCCAACAUCCAGUUCGUGUCAUACUUAUGGAAGUAAUAGGAAAAAAAACAAAAAAUAUAUAGGACCUAGCGUCUCUGCUAGACAAAGAGAAGGUGGAUCAUUACCAUCAGAUGUAGAUGCAUCACAUAGCCUUGCUUCUUUGGCUAAUCUAGAUUUAUCAUUUGAUAAAAAGAAGAAUUUCUGUGUGGAACGGUCAGCGUAUGACUGGACCAAUAAGGAAAAAUCCAAGUCUCUAGACAAACCGUCAUAUACUAGUACAAAGAAGGAAGAAAAAGAAAAAGAAAAGAAGGAAUCGAAAAGAGAAACUGCUAAUUCAGGCGAAGUAGAACUUGAAACACGAGAGAAAAGAGUUAGCAAAGGAAAAUACGGAACAAAUGAAAUGCUGGAAUCAGAUAAUCCACCUCCAGAAUAUAAGUCGGACUAUAUGGUGAUCGAUUUAGGUGAUGUUGAGGUAGGCGCUAUCAGCGAGAGAAAUGUGGGAUCUAUGGCAAGCGGAAUACAAAGACCUCGUUCAUUAGAUACCGAAAAUGACGAAGGAACUGAGAUGAGAAUCAUUGAACCACGCAAACCUAUCCAUUAUGUCACACGAGCAACUUUGGAUGUGGAUAGUCCUAUAGAAUUCCCUAUUCGCGAUCAUAAACAGGAGAAAUCAAAAAUGUCUGUUAAUGGUACAGAAGUAACAGGAACAUUAUUUCAACCACACAACAGUGUAAAAUGCGGUAUAGGUGGAGCUUCAAACAGUUCUAGUACUAGCCAGAGCAAGAUCGUGCCAAGUUUGUGCUCUGUAAUGCCAUCUUGGCCAGCACAGAAUUUAACGAUGGGCUCCAGGUAUACGACACAGCACAUUACAAUGAAAGAUCCUUCUGUAUCAGGAGAAAAGAAAUCGUUGGAUGAAAACGGAAAUGCUGUACAAUCCUAUAAUGAUCGUUUUGCAAAGAAACUCAGAAGAAAACAUACUCAGGAACACAAUGUCAAGGUUUACAAUGCUGAAAAUGUCGAAGGUCAUCGUAAUGAAGAUAUUGACAGUUUAAUUAACUUUAUUGAGAAUAAAGAAUCCAAAAGCAAAAAGGGGAAAACUAGCAAUCCUGUUAGAGUAAAGACCAGUUCUGGUACAAAACCGAGAACUAGAGAAAAGGAUACAAAGAGAGAACAGUUACCGUCAAAAUUACAAAAGUCCAAUUCCUUGGAAGAAAUUUCAAAAACGAAAUUAGAGGAUCUCACAACAGAGAAAAGCGUCAGUUCCAGUGGAGCCAGUAGCGUAUCUAGCCAACAUGGCGAAAACGUAGCAUUGCGACGUCCAAAGCAAAGGAGCACCGGAGAUACGACAGUUGAUAGUCGAGGCGAUAGGCGAUCCUGGGGGACAGAAGAGGGUCAAUCGAUAUAUUGUAACGACACGGGAGAAGAUUACACUAGUCGCCGUAACUCGAAUAAGAAGAUCAAUCCGGAACCAGAACAUGAGACGGAAUUUCUAGUAGUUACGAAAAAGAAGAAGAGCAAGAAACAGAGGAGAAGCUCCAGUGGUAGCAGAGCGCAAAAUCUGACGACAUCAGGAUCGUAUCUGCAAGGUUCCAGAGGAUUCCCCAAUGAAUAUAGGACACCGCUCUCUCCCGAACUGCGAAGAAAAUCGGCGAGUAGUAUGCCUCCUAGUGACAAGUCAGAUAGCAGCGAUUUAGAUUCGGUCCACUCGUUGCCUGUUACGUCAAAUAGCUCCAAGCAUAAUUUGACUAAAGUCGCGACUUCAUCGGGCGGUACUCCACAAGCGAGUUACGCGGACAUUGCGCGCAUGGCCACUAUAUCGCAUAACCUGAACAUGUCGACGAUUGUUCCGGGCAUGUUGAAUACAGCAUCGUGGCCCAGUGUACCUCCCAAGACUCCUUCAGAACCGGAUAAAGUACCGCAAGAUUAUUAUCCAAGCUUGGAGGAGAUACAGCACUCGGAAAGAAAAGUGAGGCAACAACAAAACUUUGCUCAAUCAAAUCAUGCAGCAGCAAGUUUGAGUCUCGCUUUUGAAAAGUCACUUUCUCCGACUCUAACAAAAGUGAAAAAUUCAUCGGAUAGAAAGAAAGCUGAAGCUCAGGAAGAAGCAAUUAAUAAAAACAUUCAAGUAUUUAAAUAUGUGCAAGACAUCGAAAAAAUGCAGGAGAGUCUAACGCAACAGGAACAAAAGCAUCACGCGGCUUCCAACAAUUACAGCACGAAUAACGAGACUAUCGCAACAAACACUGUAACGCCAAGAUUGAAUAAUAAUAGUACAACGAUAAAUUAUAAUCCACUCGAUGCCGAUAAUAAUCCCAAUUGCACUAUUAAUAAUAAAGAUUCUGUUGCACAUUCAAGAACUAAUAAUCCUCGUUCUCGCAGGAAUUAUGUACAUAAUAAUCAAAAUGUACAAAUUCAGGGAUCAUAUGAAGAACAAUACGUUAAAAAGAUUGCACCUUCGUAUCAUGACGAACCGAUUAAAAAGUUACAUAGUACCGACGCUUCGCAAUCCGAAAACAGGACUAAUUCGACUAUCGCAUCCCAUAGUGACAAUACGGAUGCACAGAAGCUAAAAACUGUGAAACCUACUCAAGAAUCACAAGACGUCGAGUCCGAGUCAAGCAAUAACAAAAAUAAAAUGACCAGUAGCGAUCCGAGGACAGCAAGAAUUGUGAAAGAAUAUUCAACCAAUAAUAUUACGAUGAAGCACGAUGUAACAAAAGUAGGGAUUUGUCAAACGCAAAAUUUGAAGCAGGAUACUCAACAGCGCGAGGAUAUGGAGAAUAAAAAGAGCAAAUCACAGUCUGAUAAAGACCAAUCGCAAAGAUCAUCCACGGUGGAGAUGCAGCAGACGAAAAAUUCAACUCCUAGACCGGCGGUGAUCUUGUUGGAUGAAACCACAUCGGAUAUCGCCAAGAACAAUAACCUACCAACGGAACUCACGUUCGGUUUCGAGAUAAACGAACAAUUGUUGCUCUCGGAGGACAACGGCAACGAGGAGACUCAGGCAACUACGACGAGCAAUUCCGCUUUCUCUCCAACCAUACCGCCGCUCGUUAAUAAAUCUUCGCUCAACGCUUUUGAGAGGAAUCCAUCGUUGUUUGCCGAGAAACCCGCGAGGUACGACAAGUUUUCGUCGAAUUAUCAUAUGCAAUCGCCAAACGCUCAUGUGACACCGAAUGCUCAUCCUGUGCAUCCUGUGCAUCCGGUCAUGGUGCAACCGCUACCAUAUAUGAGCUAUCCCAACACGAGAUUUCCACCGCCCACGUAUUUGCCACCACCGCCUCCACCGCCGCCCGGGAUCAUGGAGAAGUUUCAUCCACCGAAGGAAGACUUUGCUAUGCUUUAUGUAGCACCUGAGGAAGAGCUGAAUGUGCAGACGUAUAACCACGAUAAGAUCGUAUCAUUCGUUGGCUUAGCAUGGGACGCGGUCAUGAGAGAAAAUGUGACUGCAACCGGUCGUAUACAGUUUUAUAGUGGACAAUGAAGUGAAAGUUGCCGAAUCGAAGGAAAUAGGCAAUAACACAGCAACUUUUGUAAACUACUUCCAUUACAAAUUACAUUUAGUUAGUUUGAUCUUGGGUCUUUCAUUAAUAAUAUGAGACCAAGCACUUGCAUGUGCCGUGUGUGCAGUUGCAUGUCCCUCGAGCAUGGACAAAAUUUGCUCGGAGAAUCGCCUGUCUUGUUGCUCGAGUCAAACGCUGAAUCGAUAGAGCGAGAUUAAUGGAACCAAGCGAUACGAAGUGUGCCUCAAGAGAUAAUAAUAACAGUGUACAUACAUACAUCAAUCUCCAAAAAUGGAGAGGAUAAGGAAACGGAUAAGAGAUAAGAGAUAAAUGGAUAAAAGAGAUGUAUAUUCCAGCAAUGUAUUGUUGCAUUUGUGUGAAUUUCAAACAAUGAUGGCAGUGUCGUGAAACUUCAGUAUUGACAAUAGGAACGUUUGAUCGGGAAAUGUGAGGGCUAUCUCUCUCGAGAAUUAUACAUACAUAUAUAUUGAUUCUUUGAUUAAAGGGAACUUCCAGUGUAUGAAUCGUGUGUAAAUACAUUACAGGCAUGCCUGUAAAUUUUCAAAGAUUAUCUUUAAACUUGGUUUAUGAGAGUGUAAGUUUUUAAAAAGUGCUUAAGGGAAACGCUACAAAAAAAUUACAAGCUUGUAAUAACCAGGUUUACCAUGAAGCGGAUCCUGUAUCGAAGAGGAAAACUUUGCGUGCGCAUCAACAAUGGUGAUUCCUGGUGCCUUUGGACUUGUGAAUCUUUAGGCAAUGGAGGAAAAAACUUGACGACGCCAAGUACGCUCGUUAAAUCAAGAAAUUUGCCAAGAGUAAUGCAAAACAUCUAUAAUAAGAUUUUGAACUCUUGAGCUGAAUCUUUAUUGACAUUGUGGAAGAUUAUGAACCAGUUGGUGAGUCGAAAUAUUACAAAGGUCAAAAUAUAAAGAGAUAUCGGGUAUUUUACUUGAUAAUAUAAAUUAAGACAUACAGACUAUAUCAGAGAAAUGUAAAUGUGUGGUUAUGUAAUAUAUUGAGAUGAUAGUGUGAUUGAGUUAAAAUUCAGAGUGGCUACUUCUUCCAGCUGUGGAGCACUCGAUAGUAUAAAAUAACAAAAAAAGUCACUAACUGGAUUUUGAAAAUGUCAAAGUGCGCUCAAAAUCUGGUCAAAUGUCUGUGAAGAUAGAAUGCUGAAUGUGUCGCAAAAUAAAUUUUUACACAGACUUGCUUAUUUAAUAAAUAACUGAUAACUAUAUUCAUAAUGAUAAUAUAAGAAGAUACGUGCUUGUGAUCAGUAAAAAUACGAUGCUGUAAAUGAAUUUGUAUGCGUGUGUAUAAUUCAUGUAGAUUUCGUAUAGAUUUUAUCGGGUAAUCAUAGAAAUGAGAUUGCUGUUCGAUCAUAUAAUCAUUAUAUACACGUUGAAAUAUAUCUCUGAACUUUUUUAGAGAUUCUAAACAAAAGUUAUUCCAAAUUAAUUGCAUUUCAUGUGAAUAUGCUAUAAUAUUCUUAUACUAUAUUAUUUGUUCAAUAGACUUUAUAUUACAUUUACGAAUCACUGACAAUAUCUACUGCCUCGCUUACGUGUCUAUCGUCUACAAUAUUAUAUAAUCCUUUAUUCCAGAUUUUGUAGAAAAAUGAACAAUUUAUUGAUAUAAUUUUUUAUGCGCAAAAGCCCAUGUAUAAACGGAUGUAUGUCGCAGCUGCCAGAUGUUAGGGGACAGAAAGUUGAAUUUUAUUCAACCGAUUCUGCUAUCUAAUGUGUGAUCUAUGACUAGAUUGCAGAACAGACAUUGCUCCGGAAGUGCACAGAGAUAAUUUAUGUGUACAUAUAUUAUUUGCUCACUAAGUAUAACUCGAGUUUUAUAAAUUCUAUACGCGAGGUACGUUCCUAGUUCCUAAGUUUUAGUUUUUUCUUAUCGGAUAUCUUAUAAAUGACGAUGUUCUAUCAAUGUUUCAAAACAUGAAUUUUUGCAUUUCUUUUUUUUCCUUUUUUCUUCUUUUUUUCGAGGCGUUAUUUACAGGCGUAAAAAGAAAAAUGAUUAUCAUUUCGAUAAAGUGUAAGUAGAAAUAUAUACGCUGACAUAUAGUACGGUGUAUAUGUAUAUAUAUAACGGUAAGGGGAAUUUCAUCUCUCAAAUUAACUGCAGAGAGAAAGAGAGCGGAAAAGAUAUAUAAGCCAUACUUUUUAAAUUUCUGUAUGCCUGUAAAUGCCUAAAAAAUUGAGCCUAAGAGAAAUAUGAAGUAUAUUGUAUUAUAACGCUCUGCUUUUAACUACUGUAAUACAAAUGUAAGUCUAUGAAUUCUGUAACUUCAGGAUAUUACGAUCCGCGCGCGUAUUAUGUCCCAAAUACUAAACGGGUUAAAUAUUAGUGUUAAUCCCUCUUUAUGUUUAUAAACUAACUUUAAUUAUAUUUCUAAACUCAUUUCAUACUGCUUCGCCGAAGCAGGAAAGUGUGAGAACGUCGUGCAUACAUUUUACAUCGAGAGAAAUAAAAACUGUUCUCGCGUUAUUACGAAACGUGUUAUUCUAUAUGAAAAUAAUAAUGUUCGUACAGCAAUCUCAUACAUGAAGGAACGAAUGAAUGAAAUGUCACGGAAACUUAUCACCUUUAUAUAGGUAAUGAUAAAAUAAAUUAUCAUAGAUAAGUUUCAUAUAUAUAUAUAUAUAUACAUAUAUAUAUAUGAAAGGGCAUGAAAGUGUAAUGUAUGUAGUAUUAUAUAAUGCGAGUUAAUUAUUAUUAAUGAAUUAGAAUUGGGGUAAAAAGUUUGUUAUAUAUCGUUUUUUCUUUGUGAAGAUAUCAAAAUUGUGUAAAAAUGGAAAAAAAAAAGAUAUCGUGCUCUGUUGAUAAUUUUCAUUUUUGUCCAGUAUAUAAGAAAUAGUUCAGCUGGAAGUACAGUUUUCUCGAGAUAAGCGAGAAAUUGAGAAAAUUUAAUUGUACGACAUAAGCAUUAUGGAAUGCAUAUCGGAAUGGUAACUCGAAAAAAGUAUAAUCAUAUAACUGCAGCUAAAAUAUCUGAACAAACAAAAUAUCUUGCGUCUUUCUUUAUUUUUUUAAAGCGUAAUUUCUUGCUUUGCAAAUCUUUGAAUGUUAUUGAUUGUAUUUUAUACACCUUUUCAAUUUUAGUUUUCUUCUCCGCUUUCUUCCUCUCCCCCCCCCCCCCCCCAAAAAAAAGAUUUCACAUUUAGCCCUAUUAUCAAUAUCAAAGUUAACAUUCCAAAAAAGUCGCAACUAUUUCUUCGAUGAAUCCUCUUUUAAUCUCUCUAUACGCUCUUCUAUGCUCUCCUCAUGUGUGAUGUUUCAACAGAUGAAUAUAUCGA